GCGCUCUUAAACGCGUGACCGGCGCUCAGCAGCCUCUUGCGUGCGCGCUCCCGCCUCGCUCCCAGUGUCACCUUGUCCCGAACAGAACAGGCCCGAAUUGAAUCGUUUACAAUGGCCGCAGCCACCGGGAACAAACCGAAAACGUCCCCCAAAGCCGUCAAGUUCCUCUUCGGGGGCCUGGCCGGGAUGGGAGCCACGGUGUUUGUGCAGCCGCUGGAUCUGGUGAAGAACCGCAUGCAGCUCAGCGGAGAGGGCUCCAAGACCCGGGAGUACAAGACCAGCUUCCACGCCCUGAGCAGCAUCCUGAGGAACGAGGGCCUGAGGGGCAUCUACACAGGGCUGUCUGCUGGUCUACUGCGCCAGGCUACCUACACCACCACGCGGCUGGGCAUCUACACCAUCCUGUUUGAGAAGAUGACGGGCGUUGACGGCACGCCCCCCUCCUUCCUCAUGAAGGCGCUCAUCGGCAUGACCGCCGGAGCAACAGGGGCCUUCGUGGGGACCCCGGCUGAAGUGGCCCUCAUACGCAUGACCGCCGAUGGCAGGCAGCCCCCUGCCCAGAGGAGGGGCUACACCAACGUGUUCAAUGCCCUGCUGAGGAUCACCAGAGAGGAGGGGGUCACUACGCUGUGGAGGGGCUGCAUUCCCACAAUGGCUCGUGCUGUGGUCGUGAACGCGGCUCAGCUCGCCUCCUACUCCCAGUCCAAACAGGCCCUGCUGGACACAGGGUAUUUCUCAGACAAUAUCUUCUUGCAUUUCUGUGCCAGUAUGAUCAGUGGACUGGUCACCACAGCGGCCUCCAUGCCAGUGGACAUCGUUAAAACAAGAAUUCAGAACAUGAGAAUGAUUGACGGGAAACCAGAAUACAGGAAUGGACUGGAAGUCCUGGUCAAGGUCGUUCGCUCGGAAGGGUUUUUCAGCCUGUGGAAAGGGUUCACUCCUUACUACGCCCGGCUGGGUCCCCACACGGUCCUCACCUUCAUCUUCCUGGAACAGAUGAACAAAUACUACAAGAUCUACUUCCUAGCGUCAUAGAGGGGCCCCCAGGAGCCCCGGGCCCCCAGCACCCAGCCCCCUUCCUGUGAAACUGCAGUCUCUAAAAAAAACAACAGGGCCCCAGAGCUGCACCACAGGGAUGGGAAUAAGACUCCUGUUGCACAGCAGUUUCACCUGCUCCAGGUUUUACUACAGGCUUGAUUACCCGCCACAGUGUGUCUAGGUAACAAGCUCAGGCGUGUCUUAUUAUUAAACUCUUAGUAAAACCAGGAAUGGAUCAAACUGCUGCGUUGACGUAUCCCUGUCCUUUUUGUAAUGUUUUGAGUUUUUCAGCCUGGGUGCAGCAGCACCAGGGCUAGAGUUUGUAACCCUGCUCAAACUCCUGGCUCCUGAUCAUUUCAAUAUUAAUAAUAAUAACAGACUUCAUUGAGGGGAGCUCUGAACCCCAGGACUGGGUGCAGCAGCAGCAGCAGCAGCAGCAGGGCUAGUGUGAGUUUGUAACCCUGCUCAAACUCCUGGCUCCUGAUCAUUUCAAUAUUAAUAAUAAUAACAGACUUCAUUGAGGGGCAUUCUGAAGACCCUUACAGAAGGGUUAUAGGCACAGUGUCUUUGAUCUCCCAAUACCCUGAUGAACUACAGCUGGGUUUUAUCGGAGCUGUUUAAAGAAUCGCCCUGAAUUGCAUGGUUAUCCCGGGAUCAUGAGUAAAUGGUUGGUGCAAUCUAGGUGCUGCAAUAUGCUCUAAAAACUACCGGGUGUAAUUUGAUCAAAAAGCGAUUAUGUUUGCGUUUUCAUCUCAACGGUUCAUAUAUAUGAACUGAUGCAUCUGAUCAGACCUCUUAAGCUGCAAAACUUCUUAAACAGUGUUUCCGUGGCUUUUGUUUUUACCCUUAAUCAUUUAAAUGCGGAAGUUGCAUCAAACAUCAUAGUAUUAUUAAUAUUACUAUAGAUUUUCUUUUUACCUUCCAGCUUUUUAACAUUAAAAUCAUUCUGGCUGAAUCGCAAGCUCUUCAGUCGUACUCUGCGCUUGUAAAAUCCUAGUUGCCAGCUCCAUUUGGGUACUUCCUGAUUCCGAAGCAGUCAUGUGACAUGGUGACCUGCCCCCCCCCCCCCCCCGUCACACUCACUGUUGGGACCAGCAGAGUUGAAAGGUCACAGAAUGACAUGAGUUGGAAUCAGGGAAGUCAAAAAUAAAAAGGAUUCAAAUUCAGUAUCUGAGGUCACCCCUCUGAACGAUUGAAAAACGUACAGAGGGGAAUAAACGCAAAGAAUUUGGAAGUGAAUUCAAAUCGAACAGAACGCAUCUGACAUAUACUGUACAUUAACUAGUGUUCUUGGCUUAAACUUAACAGAUUGUGAUGUGAAAUUAAAUUAUAUUGAAUUAUGUAUAAUUAAACAAAGUGUAUGUAUAUAGAUAGAUAGAUGGAUAGAUAGAUAGAUUUUACUUCUCUAGUCCCCAGUUGAGUUAAACCUGUAUUAAAGGUUUUCUUUUUUUUUUCGGA